CUUAAAUCCUAAAUUUCUACCCCUCAACGCGCCUCUUAUAUGGUACCUAGCUACUUAGGUACCUCUAACCACGAUCUUGCCCCAAAGCUAGGUAAUACCUGAUAUUGGAGGGGUGGAGAACCCAGGGGCAGUUGAGGGGUGAUGCUAUUAUAAUUGAUAUUAUAAUUCCAUCUUUGCCGCAAUGGCCUCCUUACAAAACCAACAGCCACCUCAUGAAGAGCAGCAGCAAUCAGUACCCUAUACCCAAGCCAAUAAUCUCUUAACAUCAUUCACCCAAUUCCUCACCAUAUGCAUCCACAAUAUCCUAUACUAUCGAUCCAUCUACCCGUCGCAGACAUUCCUCACCAGUCGAGCGUAUAACCUGCCGGUUCACCAGUCCAGACACCCGAAAGUAUGUUCGUGGAUCCGCGACGCCGUGGACGCCGUCAAGGCGCAGCUGGUCCUCGGCGCUGUGCAGCGCAUUGCCGUGGUUAUCUACGACGGACAGGCCAGAGUCAUGGAACGCUGGAUGUUUGACGUCGCCAACUUCCCCGCGUGGAAAGGCUUCUUCAAGGAAGCUAGAGGAGGAGGGCCGAGGAUGAUAGAAGAGGAAGACGAACUGGCCGAGGGCGCUGAGGGCGCCGCCGCUGAGGGGAAAGUCAAUUGGGCUAAUGUAGACGAACAAUUACGUGCUACCGUGAGGAAGCUAGCGUUUGCCGCUGAGAAGAUGUCGUCGCUCCCCGAGGGUUGUACUUUUACCGUUGCGGUGGAAUUGCGAGACGAAGGAGAAGCGCCCAUAAGACACCCUCAACCUUGGAUACCUUCGCAGUCGAAUUUACAGACCAGGUCCAGAGAUAACCCAACGCCCGGUCAGGAUAUCGGCGGAGCCAAGACAACUCCCCUCCGCACGGUAGAAGCCGGGCCGUUGUUUUUUGAAUGCUGGGUGGAAGAAGGCAAAGCUAAAGAACAAUUAUCGUCACAAUCUUCAAGCGAAUAGAUUUUAUUUUAGUUGCGGCUUAAUGAUGUGAAGUGACGCGAAAUCGAAACCUCUUAAAGAAAUUUGCGUGUCAAAGAUGCUUCAACUUCUAAUAUAUUAUAACAUACUAAGUAAACAUUAACGAAUAAGAAAUUACUUAUAUACGGG